ACAUAUGUCUCUCAUUUAACAGGCUGCAUCAGAAUCUUGGGGCCUUUCUGUAAGCAUCAUUAGUAUAAUCUUGCUACCAAUUACUGGAAAUGCAACCGAACAUGCCGGAGCUGUCAUAUUUGCUUUUAAGAACAAGUUGGAUAUAACUUUGGGUGUUGCUCUGGGUUCUGUAACGCAAAUUUCUAUGUUUAUGGUUCCACUAAUCGUGACUGUCGCUUGGAUUAUUGGUAUAAAAAUGGAUCUUGAUUUCAAUCUCCUUGAGAUUGCCCUCGCUAUAAUUAUCACAGCCUUCACUUUACAGGACGGGACAUCCCACUACAUGAAAGGGUUAAUUCUUCUGCUAUUCUACAUUAUGAUGCAAAUGACUUACACUCUGGAGUUAGAUCAUCAACUGAAGGAAUCCUCAGAGUCUGAUAAGCUUUGGGCAGGGUACUAUCAAGUGAGGAUCGAUGUUUUACAGAUUGAAUGCAUUUGUUAUUCUUUCAUUUUGGAUCGGCCUUUCCUGCGCAUUCAUCAUUCUGCUGUAUAUUGCUUUGUUUAUAAAGAGUUUCAUACCUUCAAAGCUUGAGAUGGAUGCUAUACAGAGUGAGUUGGUACCAUUGAAGGUUGUGUGAAGAGUGGCCCAAGUGGGCUACAACAGAUAUAAAUGGUCAUAUACAUGUAUAGGUUUGUCUAUGUUUUAGUUAAUUGGGCUUCAUUUCUUCUGGGUGGUGGCAAAUGGGAUUUUUCUUGUUCUCGAAGUGGAAUAAUCAAUGAAUAAUAGCUCCUGUUGUUUGAUUUUGCAAUGAAUUACAGUGAUUGUUGUUUUGAAGCAAA